AGCGUUUCCUGUCGCGACCGAACAGUAUGCAAGCUUGUCCCGCGAUGACGAGUGUGGGAGCGUUGUUGCUCAUUGCAACGGUGGUGUCUGCCAAGGUGACUGCGAAAUAUGGUGAGUGCACAUUCCCCGGCCUGGAUCUGGAAGUAGCUGUGGACGAGUUCCUUCAGCGGCUGCCGGCAUCCUACGAAAUACCGGAUUCGGGCACUUAUGGGCUGCUGCCGGGACUAGAUUUCGGCAAUACUACCCUGCUGGGCCUAUCCACACUGGCGAUGCGCGGUGCCCCUCGGCCCUUUUGCAGAAAGGGCACGCCAAUGCUCGAAGUCUCCGUGAGCCCUCGGGGUGCGCUGCGUUUCAUCGCACCAUGGAGGUACUGCUCCGCACUCUCGGGCAAGCUGUCAACGACGUCAAGCUACGUGACGCUGAACAUAUUAUUCGAGGUCGGAGACGACAAUUUGGUGCCGGUCGACGUGUGGCUCACAUGGCUGGAAGGAACGUACGUGUUACUGGAGGGCGCUCCGGAUCCUGUCAGCAUAGCCGUCGCUAUGCUGAGCAAGCUGGUGCCGGCUGUGGUCAGGGACUUCUGGGUCGAAGAGACGGCCUGGCGCUCGAGCGCCGUAUUUCAAGCAGUGGCGGCCAGUGGGAGGAACUGAAGAGCGGCGCUUUCUCCCAGCCCUGCUGCGGUUACCGGAAACACCCGCCAAACGCAAUGGUGUCACUAUGAUGAUAUGACAAUGACCCACGCACUGCUUCCUUGAACGUCAUCUUGAUUUUCUUAAGUCUCUGACAGCCCCUUCCUUUUCACUUUCGCAUAAAUGUGACUCAUACAAUAAAACAUCAUCAAUCCUCACGUA